AUGGCCAAGCAAUGUGUUUGUUUGUAUCUAGUCCUAAAAGUGUUCUUUGCAAUGCUGGCUUCACAGGCUUGGGCAUUUACCAAUCCAGUCGACGUCACUGCUCUUCAAGAUCUGUACAGGUCCCUGAACCAACCACCCGAGCUGACGGGAUGGAAACUGGAUGGUGGGGAUCCUUGCGUGGAAUCAUGGACUGGAGUGUCAUGUUUUGAGUCAUCUAUUAUAUACCUUAAAAUUCAAGGACUAAACCUCACUGGGCAUAUUGGAGGCCAGCUCCACAAUCUAUAUAACUUGAAGCACCUGGAUGUUAGCUCCAAUAAAAUUGAGGGUGAAAUUCCAUACGAGUUACCCCCCGAUGCCACUCAUAUAAAUAUGGCGCACAACUAUUUGCGCCAAAAUAUUCCCAACUCUUUACCAACCUUGAAAAAUCUCCGGUAUCUAAAUCUAAGCCGCAAUUUCUUAUCUGGACCAAUUGGAAAUGUGUUUAAUGGCUUACAGAAUCUCAGAGUGUUGGACCUAUCACACAAUAAUUUCACUGGAGAUCUACCGAGUUCGUUUGGAUCUUUGACAAAUCUUACUAGACUGUUCUUGCAGAACAACUACUUCACUGGAUCAGUGACCUACCUGGCUGAGCUUCCACUAACUGAUCUGAACAUCCAAGACAAUUCUUUUAGUGGCAUUAUCCCAAAGCAUUUUCGCUCAAUACCAAAUUUAUGGAUUUGGGGCAACAGGUUCCAUGUAGGGGAUAACACCCUGCCGUGGGAUUUCCCUUUGGAAACUGUGCCCAUAAUGCAAAACAUUAGUGCCCCUCCCACAACUCACUCAAGUGCCAUUGAGAACUAUCGCUCUCCCAAAGAAAGUGGACACAAAAAGAAACCGAUAAGCCGUGGAGGAAUUGCUUUUAUGCUUGGUGGAGGAACUCUGAUGGCAACGUGCGUGGCACUUGUCAUUGUGAUCCGCAACCGAUCCUGUGCACAGAAGCUUAAGAGGUUGGAAAGCGGAAAUAGCUCAUUGCAAUCUCUUCCAGUGACUACAGCUAGAGUUGACGGGUCUUCUACUGCACGAGGAGAGAGCCCACAAAUCUUGGAUUUGAGCUCUCCACCAGCUCAUGGUCCGAGGCAGAUACCUCCUGUUUAUCAUACCAGAACUGAGAGAAAAUCGAGAAGAACUGCCUCUAUGAAAGGCAGACUCCCAGCAAGAACAAAACUUUACACUGUAGCAGAGCUUCAAUCAGCUACAAACAGCUUCAGUGAAGAGAAUCUUCUUGGAGAAGGAUCUCUUGGUUCAGUUUACAGAGCCGAGUUUCCUGAUGGCCAAAUUUUGGCUGUGAAGAACAUCAACAUGGUGUCGCUUUCUUUCAGAGAAGAAGAACAGUUCAUGGAUGUUAUUUGGACUGCUUCCCGCUUGAGGCAUCCAAACAUUGUUACACUUCUUGGCUAUAGUACAGAACAUGGACAGCAUCUUCUUGUGUACGAGUACGUCAGAAACUUGUCUCUUGAUGAUGCUCUGCACAGUGACGCGUACAAGCCUCUGUCAUGGGGCCUCCGUCUCCGGAUUGCCCUUGGUGUUGCUCGGGCUUUGGACUAUUUGCACUCCACAUUAUCGCCUCCCGUUGCUCAUAGCAAUUUGAAGGCUGCCAACAUCUUACUUGAUGAAGAACUGAUGCCUCGUGUCUGUGACUGUGGGCUAGCCAUUUUGAGGCCACUCACAAGCAAUAGAGUUAAAAUUAAGGCUUCUGAAAUUGCUCUUUUUGACACUGGCUACAUUGCACACGAACAUGGAGAACCAGGAAUUGAUAAUACUAAGACUGACAUCUAUGCCUUUGGAGUGUUGCUUUUGGAGUUACUAACGGGAAGGAAACCAUUUGAGAAUUCAAGACCAAGGGAAGAACAAUCUCUAGUGAAAUGGGCUUCAUCACGGCUUCAUGACAGCGAGAGUUUGGAAGAGAUGGUUGAUCCGGCCAUCAAACGAUCCGCAUCAUCCAAGACUCUCUCCCGUUUUGCCGAUAUAAUCUCCCUCUGCAUACAGCCGGUGAAGCAGUUCCGACCACCGAUGUCUGAGAUUGUGGAAUCACUAACAUCUCUGUUAGAGAAGUUCAGCAUGGCAAAGGGUGGCGCAGCAUAUGGUAAUGAAGAGGAGGAAAAGUCCUUCCGCUCAACCAACACUCGCUUCAUAGGCUCACCUGAGUUGAGCCACUCAUCCCCUUGACCACUAAUUACCAGUUCAGAAUCUCUGAAUUUUACUGUAUUGCCAUUACCAUAAAUGCCACACAAUCAACUUGGUUGUUCGGCAGGUUUUUGUAGUUUUUGAUGAUUGCUCCUACUAAAAAAAACUCCCAUAGUAAAUUUCACAUGUACAGCCCUCAUAUCAUGUAAUGCAGCAUGAGGAUUCCUUCUUAGGUUAUCCUGCAAAGCUGAGUGUGCCAACGAAAUGUG